GGGAAACAUUGACAUACAUAAGUGCUGUGGGGUCUGGGCUUAGUACGUAAUCGACAGCCGCGAGCCUGAUCAACGGGGGUUUGACCAGAUCUUCAGGUGGGGUGCAAACUAGCCACUGAAGCCAUGCUUGGGUAACAACAUUUCCAAUUGCUUCCCCGAAGCGUCUACCUCUCACUUUUUAAACUUAGGUAGGCUGGACUGCUCCAAGGUGAAUGUCUAACUUUCAACCUUUUUGAUAUCUUAUCACUCAUCUACCUCUGUACGUGGCAGUAUAAAAACAUUUGUGAUACUCGCUUAUUAUCCCCGCUUCUCUUGGCCCUUAUCCUCACGGGUUCCCUAGGAAGUUGUUUACAGUAUGAGCGAGUCCCAUCGCAACAAGCCCGAUCUGGGCAUCAGCGACUUUUACUUCAUCCCAACUUCACAAGACGAAAGCCCCUCCGUGACGUCGCUCAUUGAGACCCUCGGCUUGGAACCACAUAUUGAAGGUGGCUACUUUAAAGAAACCGACGUUUCUGUCGCCUCUGUUUCCUCACCAUAUCCUCCUGAACCCCUAUCCGAGGAGACUCCCUGCCUGACGCAUGGUCUUCGUUCCGACCUCGGACCGCUGUUCCGCAGACUUUCCACCACCAUUUACUACUAUCUCACACCCAACCGCCCACAGUGUUACUUCCACCGUGUCCGCAGCCGGAUUAUCCAUUCGCUUCAUCUGGGCCGCGGCCGGUAUGUGCUCAUCAGCCCCGACGGACAUGUUGAGACAUAUGUCGUGGGACGCAAUAUUGAGAUGGGCGAACGGCUCCAAUGGGUUAUUGAAGGAGGUGUCUGGCAGGCCAGUUACCUGCUUGAUGCCGAGGAUGGCGAGAACGAGGGACUUCUGAUCUGCGAAACUGUCGUGCCAGGGUUCGAAUACGUUGACCAGGAGUUUCUGUCUGAGGCGGGUUUGAGAAACUUGGUGCAGGCUGACCAAGCAAGAAAGCUGGAGUGGUUAGUCCGAAAUGUGAAUGGUCAAGGAUACUGA